AUGACGCCAAUUGAUCUUGUUAAGUGUCGUAUGCAGGUGGGAGAAUAUGAGUAUAUGUCGGAAGGUUUUCGUCUCAUUUAUCAAGACGCUUCUGGUUCUAUUCUUGGCAGUAUACCGUUAUUCUAUCGUGGUUGGGUACCAACGUUUAUUGGUUAUUCACUUCAAGGUGGGUUUAAGUUUUUUUUUUAUGAACUUUUUAAGUAUUUAAUGCUUGAACAUCAUGAUACAGUAGCUGCUGGGUCUUCUUCUGGUGAUAACUGGGGUUACCUUUUCAAGUUGAUGACUUAUUUGUGCGCAAGUUUUUUUGCUGAAAUGCUUGCAGAUAUUGCUCUUGCACCAUGGGAGGCUGUAAAGAUAAAGAUACAGACUACGAGUGUGCACCGAACACAGGUUUCGGUGAUUGUAUCUAUGGUAUGGGCAGCGGAGGGAUGUCGUGGUUUCUACAAGGGUCUAACAGCAUUAUGGUGUAGACAGGUACCAUACACAAUGGUUAAAUUCAUUAGUUUUGAAAGCAUCUCACAACAGUUAUAUGUAUUGUUUGUGAGUACUCCACGGAGUGCAACACCGAAAAGUGUACAACUUCUUAUUUCUUUGCUCGCUGGUGUCUUGGCUGGAGUGCUUUGUGCUAUUGUUUCACAUCCUGCUGAUACCAUUGUAUCAAAACUAAAUCAGCGUGGCGAUACGACCGGUAGUGCGUCUAAGAACACUUUUUUUUAUAUUAUGCGUGAUAUUGGGUGGUAUGGGCUGUGGAAGGGUAUUGGCCCUCGUAUUUUGAUGGUGGGAGCUCUCACAGCGAUGCAAUGGAUGCUCUAUGAUACUUUUAAAGUACUUGUAGGGCUUCCAACCACAGGAGGUACAACUGUGACUACAAAUAGGACAAUGCAGUCUACUCUGCAAAAAUGA